AUGCAAUGUGGGGAUAAUGAUACUGCCAGAGGUAUGGGAUCAAAUCAGAAUGUCAAUCAGAUGGGUGGUCAAGAGGUAAAGCUAUUUCAGGCAUUGAAUGGGUUCAUCGCACUAAUUAGUAAUCAUGGAAAUGAUAACCCAGCAUUUACCUCAUCCGAUGGUUCUAACAAUACAAGUAAGAACAUUGCCAAUUUCCUGCGUUUAAAUCUGCUAUCCUACCUGAGGCAUUGUCAACAAUAUACGGACAGAGUACAAGUUCAUAGAGAAGUUCUGACACAAUGGUGGAUUACUCUGCUGAAUUUUCUCAAUAGUGAGUUGAUCGUCAAUUCGCAAAGUGGAGAAAAUGAAAGUUUGCAAGAAAAGAUUUUCAGUGAUCCCAUUUGGAACACGGAUACAGUUUCUGUGUCCUUGGAGUGUGUUAGUAGAUUAAUGUCCACUCUGAUGGUGUUGCCCGUGCAUCAUUAUAGAGAGACAGAGAUAUACUCCCACCACAUACUGCUUACAAUACACUGUGUGACCAAUCAGAUCAUUUUCAACUCCAAGCAUAUCCGACUUUUAGGUCGUGACCAAUCCGUCAAAGCUAGACGAUAUUUGCAUUUUUUAAAGAGUUACUCCACGCUAUUGCGUUCAUUUCUAGGAAAGCUUAAUGCAUAUGCAUUUUUCUAUCUUCCCGAUGAUUUUCAUUAUGAUACGCAACUCCUUCUGGUAACAUGUCCCCGCCUGACUUACAAACAAAGUCCGAUUCCAUCACUAUUUCCUUGGAAAAGAAAAGUGUUCGAGACCACAUCUGAUGAAUCUCAAAGGAUUAAUACAGAUGAGUUGGAAACCCAUGAUACCAGGUUUUUCAAAAUUGUCGUAUCAUACAUGCAAAAUGAAUCAAUCUUUAUUGCAUUUUAUUGGCAUUAUUGGUACAUCGUUUUAAGAUUUCUCUCAUUUGCAGAUGGUCAUGAUAAUCUGAGCAAUAAUCUUGGCAUUAUUCCGGGUUCAGAAGUACUGCUUAAUCAUGUCACUGUUAUUGCAUUAGAAGAAGAUUUGAAAAAACUGAAUAACUUUCUAAAGGUGUCCCAUACUAAGGGACAUCCCUCAAAUUCUAGCCUAAAUGUCACUGCAGAUACUAUGCCCGAUUCGACGACCUCGACGGUAACAAAUGAUGGUGUUCUGACCCCAGAAACAUUAAAUGAUUACGUGUUUAGUUAUUUCCGCACAAUAAAGUUAUGGGAAAGUUUGAGAAGCUUGAGUGGCUGUUUCAAUAAUUCUCUCCAGAUCAUAAGCCUAUUGGCACUACAUGAUAAAUAUCAAUUACGAUAUAUCUCCAGCAUUUCAGCUUAUGACGGUCAUCUGGCCAAUGUCGUAUACAACAAAAUUUUACAAUUUAUCAUAUUUCAGUUUGAUUCUGUUAAGUCAGUCGACUUUCUUGAUUGGGAAGCCUGGACCUCUGGACUCUUAUCAAUGCUGCAAACCUUAAGAGCUAACUGCCAAAUUGUUUCUCUCAUCUGCCUAUUCAACGUUUGGGAAUCUUUGCCGUUGGGGGUUCAAGAAAGAUUAUCAUUGAAAUUAAUAAAGGAUUAUUGGAGCACGCUUACCUUGGAUUCAGACUUUCAUCUUGUGAAGGUGAUAUUUUUCAAACUUCUCAUCUUCAGAAUAUUCAGCAAGAUCGAUUAUAAUGUCAAAGAAGAGCUGAGAAUGACAUUUCAGUCAUUAUAUGAAGAAAUGGUUUGUAUAUACGAAAAAACUGACAAAUCACCUUUCAAUGCUAAAUCGGAUCCCCUUUCAUUUUAUGGUAAUAAGAAAUUUUUUUUAAUGCCAAACAAAUGCCCUCCAGAAGAUAAUCUGAUACGCAAGGCAGAGAAGCAUAUGAAAAUGAAAACCAACACAAAGUAUCAGAACUUUACGACAGUUAUCGGUAUAGCGAACAUUCGACCUUCUUUUGUUCUCAAGGGUGGUAGAUAUCCGUAUGACGUUUUGGAUGAAAUGGUUGUCAAGGCAACGUUAUUAUUGAGGGAAAACAAGCGGAAGAACGCUGAAUCUCCUUUGCCUCCAGUCCCUCGAUCUAAGUCUGACUCAAGCGAGAUAAGAACAGAUGUUACAACGAAAUUUUCGGGGCCUGCCUCAUUUUCCAGCACAGUGGGCUCAUGGUUUAAUAGGUUCUCCCCCAAGGCAGGUCAAGAGGUCAAAGGAGAGGUUAAAUCAGAUGAAUUUGUUAAGGCAGCUACAGAGACCCAUGAGAGAAAACUUCGAAGAAGUAGUAGAGGAACUGUCUCAAGUGAAACAAGUUUACCUAACUCUGAAUCCGUUGAGCUUUUAUCGAUGUAUUCUAACGUAUCAUCUUUAGCAACCGGUAAUAGCUCCACUGAGGACCAACUCAAUAACUCAAGAAAUACAGAAAGAGGGAUGUCAGGAGCAGUUCAUUCUAGCAAAUUUUCUAAAGAUGGUACACUAUACGAAAUCAAAGACGAUUCUAGACGGGUUAAGCCUAAGAAAAAAUUGCUUUCUCCUAUUGAACUUAAAUACUCUUCAUCAGUAGCAGAUGAUCAAGCGGUAUCAAUUGUGUUCAAACCAGUCAUCAUACCUUGUGAUCCCCUCGCGAAGACAAUCGAGAAGGCCAACGUCAGUUGGUCGAUAACCACAGCAAAAACAUACGAAAAACCUUUGCCCACUCCAAAUUCCACAGAUUAUGACUCUCUCAUUGAGGAUUUGCACUAUGACUCAAUUCACGUAAGUUCCGUGGAUAGUUUCACAUUCGAAGUGGAGGAUUCGGAUCCUGGAUUGACGUUGCAAUCUUCUGGGAGUCAUGAACCAACUCUUCCGGUUCCAAAUUUCGAAUUAUUCAGCAAUUCUCAACUCGAUCCGUUGGCAGGAGAUGCUGAGAUGCUGAGAAAAUUCGGCAGCCUUUCAAUUGAGAAAAAGGAAUCGAAACGCAAGGGGGAUGCUUGUGAAUCGGAUUCAAGACGUCACGUUCGAAGCCUUGAACCCUUAGCAAAAAAUGACACAAUGCGCUUGGAAACACGUCUAAAUAAAAUUGCAUCGACAGUUCGAAUAUUUAAUAAAACAAUUGAAGAACGUUUCGAAUAUCUGAACUUUUCAAAUCAGAAGGCACUAUUCAUGGAUUUUGAAAUAAGAGUUCCUACAUACUCUGCCGUGUCAAACACAAAUGGAUAA